CUGGGCCUGCGCACCCCCGUACUGUGUGCCGGGCCACACGAUUGAUGCUGCACUUCCGAAAUUUCGUGGCGAUGUUUGGAGCUGAAGAUGGCAUCCCUGGCGCCUCGCAAGUCGUCGACUGCGUACGAUGAAACCUUGAACUCGGCUUCCUACAACAGCGGGAUCUUUGUCACGUUUGCGUCCGCCAGAGAACGCAGGAGGAACCUUAUGAACCAGUUCUUUCCUAGGAGAUUUUACAGAGAAUACAAAAAUUCAAACCCCCACAUUGUCGCAUCUUUGGAAUCCAACGGCUUGUCAGAACACGCCAUGCACAUUGCCAACUGGUCUGGAAAUGAGUCAUCGCGAUCUGUCCUUCCCAUCAAUGUAUUCCACCUCAACAAUGGGGUCUUGGAAAGCACCAUUUACCGGCUUGCCAAAGGCACAAAAGUGCGGUUCAUGCUGGGCCCCUCACUGUAUGGUAAAGAUGUCAAGUUCUUCAUAAACACGCCACUUACAUCCAGUGCCACUUAUUCAAGGACCCAGUAUAAUCAUGUGAACUGGUGCCGGGACAUCCGCCAUCCCAACGAUGAGACAGCAUACUUUGCUGACGUCACUUUCAUCCUGGCAGGAAGCUUUCAUUACUACUUCACUUGCAAUGAUGAGUGUGAACGUGCAGGUUCAGGAUACUUCCUCAUCGAUCCUGUGCUUCGGCAUGGAAAGGAUCGCGAGGUCCUGCCACUGGACUGCGUCCAGUGCCAGACAGUGCUGACCAAGUGCCUGGGACCCUUUGAUGGCUGGAAGGAAAAGCUGGAAGUGAGCCGCGAGAGUGGCUACAACUUUGUCCAUUUCACGCCCGUUCAGGAGUUGGGGGACUCCCUAUCAUGCUAUUCCCUCCGCAACCACCGCAGGCUAAACCCCAUGUUCAGCACGCCAAAUCGCACCUACGACAUGAAGGACAUGGAGGAGCUGGUCAACAUGAUGUGUGAUGAUUGGAAAGUAUUGUCAUUAACAGAUGUUGUGUUGAACCACACGGCCAAUGAGACUCCUUGGAUCAGGGAGCACCCCGAGUGUGCGUACAACCUCAAGAAUUCACCACACCUCAAGCCAGCCUUCCUGUUGGAUGUUGCCAUCCACUGUUUCAGCCUUGAGAUCUCCAAGGGCAAGUGGGAGUCCGAGGGCAUCCCCACAUCCAUCACACGGGAGGAGCAUCUUCAUGCGCUGAAACGUGUAUUCGACCUGAACUGGCUCCCAAUGUUGCAGCUGCAGGAGUUCUUCACCAUCAAUGUGGAUGGCCUUGUUGACACAUUCAGGCAGAAGGUCAUUGACAAGGGGCAGCCAAACACUGGUCCCAUGCCUGAUGGUGGCAAUCUGAAAGUCUUGCGGGAUCCGGAGUACCGGCGAAAUGGCUCCACUGUUGACAUGAAUAAGGCCCUGCAGAUCUUCAACCGCAACUGGGAACCUAGUAGCUCCGAUGCUCCUGAUCUGAUUGACAGGUGUUGUAGCGACUUCAGACGCUACCUGGAGCACUUGAAUGGCAUCGAGUGGAAUUUGCUACACAGCCAUCUUCAGGCAGCAAUGGAGAACAUUUUACGCGGCUGCCACUACCUCCGUGUCCAGGAGGAUGGACCCAAGAAGACUGAAGUCACCAUCAAGAAUCCUCUGGUGGGAAGGUACUUUGUGGUCAACACCGAUAUCCCAGUCCUGGACCUGGAGGAGGCAGAAAAGCUAAUCUUCAGUGACAGAGCUGCCUUUGUUAUGGCCCACAAUGGUUGGGUCAUGAAUGAUGAUCCACUGCGGAACUUUGCCGAGCCAGGGUCGAAUGUUUACCUUCGUCGUGAGCUCAUAGCCUGGGGUGACAGCGUCAAGCUUCGAUACGGCAAGUCACCUGAUGAUUGCCCAUUCCUGUGGCAGUACAUGAAGGACUACGUCUGUGAGACAGCAAAAAUAUUCCAUGGCAUACGCCUUGACAACUGCCACAGCACACCACUACCGCUUGCAGAGUAUGUCCUGGAUGCUGCACGCCUGGUACGUCCAGACAUCUACGUGAUUGCUGAGCUCUUCACUUCAAAGGAGGAAGUUGACAACAUCUUUGUCAAUCGACUUGGAAUCAACUCUCUCAUCCGUGAAGCCAUGAGUGCUCACAAUGCUCGCGAGCUGGGCCGGCUUGUUUACCGGUAUGGUGGUGAACCUGUAGGAAGCUUUAUGCCCCCGCCAAUUCGCUGCCUCAAGCCAUGCAUUGCACAUGCACUUUUCAUGGACAUCACGCAUGACAACCCAUCACCUUUUGAGAAGCGUUCAGUGUACGACUACCUUCCAAGUGCUGCUGUGGUGUCGAUGGCAUGCUGCGCAACUGGAUCAAACCGUGGCUACGAUGAGCUCGUUUCCCAUCAUAUUCACGUUGUCGACGAGUUUCGUCAGUACCCUGCUUGGUCAGUGAACCCAACUGAGAAACCUUCAUCCGUCCACCUGCACUCGGGGAUCAUCGCUGCAAAGCGAGCACUGAACAGACUCCACUACGAGCUUGGCCAGCAAGAUUUCAUGCAAGUUUUUGUGGACCAGGUUGACCCCAACACAAUUGCUAUCACUCGACACAGUGCUUCCACGCAUGAGUCUGUGGUCCUGGUGGCCCGCACAUCAUUCCAGAUGCCUGGGAACCCGAACGAGACAGGUUGUAUCCCACCACUGUGCAUCCCUGGAGUGAUUGAGGAGGUCAUCUUCGAGGCAAAGACUGUCAAGGUGAACAAGGAUAACAAGACAAAGGAGGAGAAGAACAAGGAAUACAUUGUAGGGCUCAGUGAUUACCGACUUGAGAUCCGUGAGCACAUCUCUCUUGUGGAAUCCAAGAUGGUGGACCUCAGUGACGCGAGUGAGCAGAACCUGCAAGAGCUGGACUUUUCCAACUUCACGCCAGGUUCUGUCAUUGCUUUCAGGGUGGCCCCUCAUCCAGUGGGCAAAGCCGCAGUUCAGUACCUUCGCCGGCACCUGACUCACAUGGGAUAUAUUCCGGGACCUCAAACCGAAGCUGGUGCUGGGGCGGCUGUGUGCUCUAGUGAAGAGAGCAUUGAGAGCAUAGUCAAGGCCCUCACCCUGUCCGACCUGAACAGAGUUCUGUUCCGCUGUGACGUUGAGGAGCGUGCUGAGGACAGGGGUGGGGCCACCUACAACUUUCCGAGGUUUGGCAGCCUCGUUUACUGUGGCCUUCAAGGCAUCAUGUCUGUGCUGUCUGAGAUUCGCAUAAGAAACGAUCUUGGCCACCCUGCGUGUGACAACUUGCGUGUUGGUGACUGGCACAUGGAGUACAUCACUAAUCGCCUUGCUCAGGAGCGUACCACUAAGAAGCUUGCCAAGUGGCUGGACCAAGUGUUUGCAUCACUGAAGAAGGCUCCUCGUUACCUGAUCCCCUGUUACUUUGAUGCUGUAGUGACCAGCACAUAUUGCGUUGUGCUUGAGGAAGUAUGGAACAAAAUGUCAGAUUUUGUAAAGAAUGGUUCAACACUGGUGCGAGAACUGGCCCUGGGUUCAGUGGUUCUGGGUGGCUAUGUUCCGGGAGCCCAUCUUCCACCACUGUCGCGUCAGCUGACACCACCUCAACAGCCAUACCGGAUUGACGAGAAGACCAAUGCUCGCCAGGAGACUUGCACCACCAUUUCCGCAGGACUGCCACACUUUGCAGCUGGCUACAUGAGAAACUGGGGCCGAGACACAUUCAUUGCUCUCAGGGGUCUCUUCUUGCUGACUGGCAGGUUCCAGGAGGCAAGGUAUAUCAUCCUGGCAUUUGCGGGCUGCCUCCGGCAUGGUCUUAUUCCCAACCUGCUGGACAGGGGCACACAUGCACGGUACAAUUGCCGCGAUGCCGUCUGGUGGUGGCUGCAGGCGAUUCAGGACUACUCCAAGGAGGCUCCCGAUGGCUACCUCAUCCUCAAGGACAGAGUGGCACGCCUUUAUCCAACUGAUGAUAGUCCACCACAGGAACCUGGUGUCAAGGAGAUGCCCCUCGAAGAAGUGAUACAGGAGGCCCUGCAGCGCCAUUUUGCAGGCAUUGCAUAUCGAGAGAGGAAUGCUGGCUACCAGAUUGACAGCCAGAUGAAUGACGAAGAAAAAAUCGGUUCCUUGCAGCAUCCACCCAUCAUGGAGCACCUGGCCAAUGACAUUUCUUUUGUGCAGCCAGGUGGUCCAAAUUAUUCCAGAGUCCCCUACUAUGGUGUGCCUCAUAAUCAGAUAGUGGUUUUGGCACGUAAAACCCCAUUAUUUAAUUUUAAUUUUAGUUCCACAUGUGCAGAGAUCGGCAGCUUGAUUUAUUUGCGUUUUCUGUUUGCAGGUGUGACGACUGUGAUGACUUUUGACCAGUGGGGGUCGCUGAUCAAGAAAAAUUUUGAGCCGUGUUUUUGGGUGCCUCCUGCACACCAGCCUGUGCACCAUGAUGAUUUGCAUCCUGAAAUGAUUAAUCGCCGUCUGAUCUACAAGGACUCGUAUGGGGCCAUUUGGCCUUGGGCUGACUAUCAAUUGAGGCCAAACUUUCCAAUUGCCAUGGUGGUGGCGCCUGAGCUUUUCACUGUUGAGAUGGCCUGGGACGCUCUAAACAUUGUCAAAGAGACCCUUGUUGGCCCCUUUGGGAUGAAGACCCUUGAUCCCAGUGACAUGAAUUACAAUGGCUAUUACUACAACAGCAAUGAUUCUCAUGACUACAAGUGUGCUCAUGGCUUCAACUACCACCAGGGUCCGGAGUGGCUCUGGCCCAUGGGCUUCUACCUCAGGGCCAGGCUCUACUUUGCCCAAAAGGUGCCUGACAGCCAGAAGGCACUGGCGGCUGCUGUUGACGAGGUAAAGGGGAUCCUCUCCAACAACUACCAGCUUAUCCAGUCGUCACCCUGGCGGGGGCUGCCCGAACUCACUAACCGUGACGGGGACAUCUGCCCAGACUCCUGCCCGAUUCAGGCCUGGAGCCAUGCCUGCCUUCUGGAAGUGGUCUAUGACCUACAGAAGCUCCAGGCAUCAUAGUUACCCCAGCACAAGGGUUGCCAUUGCAGCUUCUACGGAGGGGUGUAGUAAAUUUAAUAUUAAUGAAAGCUUGGCCCUAGAUCACCUGGCGGGCAACUCGUUUGGCUUUUAUUCCCACUAUGGAUUAUGUGUGUGGUGUGCAUGCUUUUAGUGUUUUAGUUAGAAAUUUUUUCUUUGCCAAUCCAUUGCUGGCAGAAAUAAUUAGGAAGGGUGGAAAAAGAAUUGCUGAAACACUGAAUUUAAUCAGCUGCCCAAUUAAAUUACUUAUUUUCUGCUUCAUGUAAGCCUUAGGUACCAGCAACGCAUUGUCCAAGACAUCUGAAGGAUAGGCUGACACCCAAACUUCAACAUUGUGGACCUUGCUUUAGUAUUCAGGAUUAAAUCAACAUUGCUUUCUUUAUGUCCUGAUUUACUUUUUAAUUGUAUUACUUAGUCACUCAUCUUUACUGAGUACCAUGUGCCAGGUCCUUUUUUUUUAGAUUCAGAAAAGUAAGAUUCUAAUUGAAUGUUUGCACAUUGCAUGGACAUUUGCAAAGCCUCUGUGACAUGCAGGAUGAAACUAGAACUUUGACUACGAUAGAUAUUGCAUACCUGCCAACUCUCCCGAAUUGUCCGGGAGCCUCCCGAAUUUUUCUCGCAUCUCCCGAUUGUACGAACGCGAACUCAAAUCUCCCGAAAAGUGGCCGCCACUUGUUUUUUUUUUUUCUUUACGGCCUGUAAUAUAACCAUGCAGAAAAGUGGCGUGGGAGCAGUUCGUCACCAGCAUGCACCGUGAAUCGUGGUAGCAGCUGCCAGCACCACCACGAACGCGAGCAGCCGACGGGCGCUGCCAUAUUGGAUUUUCCGGAUUGCCUAGUCUCACGCUGGGUCGAGCGUUUUUAGCAAUCCAGUCAUUAUAUGACCGUGAGCGCGCUAUGCUUCAGUUGGCUUUGUCAGGUUGUCGAGUGAAAUGCGAAUGCCAAACUACUCUUUGUUUCCCUGAUUUAGUUGGAACGAUCGAUGGCACUUUUAAACGAUAAGAAUAAGUACCGUACUUUCCGGUCUAUAACUUGCACCUUUGUAUAAGGCGCACCCCUCUCAAAACGGCAGUUUUUCCGGAAAAAGACGUAUACAAGUCGCACCGGUGUAUACGACGCAGCUGUUCGCAAUGGUUUCAAAAAAAAUGACAGUGACGUUUCACUCGGUGAACGCGGGUCACGCGCAAGCGUAGGAGUGGCAUAUAUUGUUACUCUAGGCGCAAUUCGGCCGUCGUGGCUGCCGCGAUGUUCCGUAUGGAGUCCAAGGGCGAUAACCUUGUCCCCGCGUGCUGUAUGUCCGAGUGAAAGCCUGCGACUGUGGGCCGAAUCGCGCACAAGGAAAGAAAGCGGGAAGACGCGCUAGCGCGGGAGGUAGGAGGGGGGUCUUGUACUCGGGUAGCUAUUGUGUAGUUUGCGCAGCGGCGCGUGCUAUAUCUUGAUAGCGAUCUGCAGAUGCGACGACUUCGGGGUCGGUCGACUCGCGGUGGUCCUGCUGCCGCUUGCGUUGCUGCUCCGUCCUUCUCGCACGGCGCUCAGGAACUCGGCAGAAGAACCCGGCACCUCGAUAUCGCGCGCAGAAUCCGGAGCAGUUAAGUCAACCAAUGCUCUUCGCGUGGCCAUAACAUCGAAUCCGAUUUUGACGGCAGUUUUCCCGAAAAAAAAAAAGAAAACGUACUUAUGUCGCACCGUUCUGUAAGACGCAUCAAUGAAAAAUUAAUAAAAACACUGCGUCUUAUACACCGGAAAAUGCGGUACUUGCAAGUAUUUCUGAGAUCAUACACGACGGAGUUUCUGUGCAUUGUCACUUCGUGGAGUCGUGACAAGCAUGGACUCUGUACCACGUGCGCCGUUUUGCACAGCAACAAUUUUUUUUUUUGGGGGGGGGGGUGAAAACUUUUUUGAAUCCCCCCCCCCCUCGCGUGGCGGUCUCCCGAAUUUUCAUAUUGUGAGGUUGGCAGGUAUGAUAUUGCUCAUUUACUCACUCUUUUAUAUGUAACUAUAGAUGCAACUAUAGAUGUGCCUAACAGUGGAAAAAUAUACGGAUGUCUCAGUAAAACCUGGGAACAAUCCAUAUUCACGACCUUGCCUCUCUUGACAGAUGGCUUCACUGGUUAUCAGUCACCAGUGGAAGGUGCACAAGCAUAGAACUCUAAAGCCCGAGCUCUGCUGGUGAAAUUGAAAAAAAGAAACUAAAAAGAAAAAGAAACGCUGCUAAAAUGCGUGUUCAAACAGCAGAGCUUAAGUUUUUUUUCUUGUUUUGCGAAUAUUGAACUUUUGCUGCUUAACUGAGGACCGAUAAAAUGAUUGCAAGUAUACUUCUAGCUGAAUCAGUACCCUAAGUUCAGUUCUCAAGGUAUACAUCUAUGCUCACAAAUGUACAGUGAAGCAGAAAAUGUGUGAUCGCUGUUAAAUAUACCAACGCAUCAGUUUUCCUCAUGUUUACGCAUUAGUAAUGUUGAAACCAACUUUCUGAAAUUGUUGGUGGCAAAAAAAAUCUAAAUAACAACAAACCUGAUUUGUGCCGCAUAAUGCUGUCAAUUUUGUGAAAGUUUUUGAGGCAAAGCUCACCACAAACAGGCUGGAAAGUUCCAUGGUCUGUCAAGCAAGCCAUGCACUCUCAAGACAAGAAGUUCAUGUGGAUUUUUGUUGGAUGACCCACUGUACUGAACAGGUUUCUCCACUUGUACCACUUGUAAAAACGUUUUUCUCAAUUUACACAUUUCAAGUAGUUAAUACCCUCCUAACAUGAUCAUGGUUAGUUUGGGAACAAGCUCACAUAUGUGGCGGGAGUGGUGGGUCAUAUCUUUGACAAACCAGGAACAGCAUCCAAGUACUAUAGUCUGUCGUUGCUGAAUUUGUGGAAGCAUAAAUGUCAAGCCAGAAAGCAUGGUGGUUACUCCUAAUCUGUGGGAUCAUGACUGCUGUUGACACUUCAUGUUCCACUUUUUGUUUUUGCAUAGGAACUUUGCCACUUGACAGAGUUGGUAGUCGUGAUACACAUGCUGGGAUACAUCAGGAAACUGAUUUCUGUGCUUGUGUGUUGUCGAUUAAUGUGGCCUUGCACUGCCAUCUGCUAGCGUCCUGGCUAGUUCUGAUGGCAGUACAACUGCUUCAGGAAUGCUCAGUCUUCGGACCAAGGUGAAUUUUUCUUUAAAUGCAAAGCCUUCCUUCUGAGAAACACUUAUGGCCUUCCUUUGUAGCUUAAUGUUACUUUCUGGUGGGUGACAGUCUUUGCCUUUCACAUACCGAGGUACAUUUCUUGGUAUAACUCUUGAAUGCACAGCAAGGUUAAAAUUGUUACGAACAUGAUGCAUCGUUUCAAUUACAUAGUUCUUGAGCAUUAUGUUAUGCCAUUAGUGAUUGAGCUUUCGCCUCAUUUAUGGAUGGGGUGGUAAGCAGCCAAGAUUGAUUCAUGAUGGGGCUUCCAGCCAGUGUUACAAAGGGUACGUGUGGAGCACUUCUUGCCCUGUUUAGUGCACACACAAGUGCAAUAGAAAAGUGCAUAGUGGAUAAUAUGUAACACAAUGCUGAAGUUCUCAGUCAAACACAGGAGCUGCAUGCACUGGUUCACUAGCACAGGGGUUCUCACUGUUGCCCUAACGCAUGCCUGACUUUGCUUCAUGUUGGAGGCAUGCCAGCCAGACUGCUCAUUCAGUUCUUGACACAAACUGGAAGCAAGGGCUAUGUUCUUCGAACAGGCUUUUCGAGAACGCUUUCAAUUUUGCAUGGCGCAGCAUCCAGCAUCAUCAGUUCCUACUAAUGUGUUCUGUCAAACAUGGUGUGCUUGACAUAUGCAAACUCAUAUUAGUGCUAAGACAGCUGUCCUUGCUAGUAGGACACCCACUGUGGUAGCCCAGGGGUUAUGAUGUUGCACAGCUGCGCUCGAGGUCGCGGGUAUGUGUACUUAUAUUUAGGUGUAUGAUAAAAAAAAAAGUGGUGGUCAAAAUUAAUCUGGUGUUCCUCGCUAUGGUGUGCCUCAUAAUCAGGUCGGGGUUUUGGCACGCACCGCCCUAGAAUCAGUUUUUUUUUUCUUUGUUCCAAUGUUCUUUCUUUCUUUCAUGCUUCUUCUUUUUUUCUUUUUUUUUUUGGAAAUAGGAAUAAUGUGGGUGCAUUUAACAUGUAGCUAGCAGGAAGUUGGCUGUUUCACUAUCUCUGAAGGAACUUUGGUAAUUGUGCUUUGUUCAGUUGUAGGUGCCCUUGGCACCUACUUGGUACCGUCAAAGAUUGAUGAAAAGCUAAAAUUCCCAUGCAGUUUGUGCCUGUAGCCACUUAAACAGUUCAACACUGCGUAGGUCCCCCGCAAAUGCUACACAUGCUGGAAGUAUAUACUAUUACAGACUGCAUUUCCAGACUGUGAAUAUUCAAACUUUUUGCACAGCUUCCUUUCCACGUAAGCUUUUCAUGCGGUGGCUCAGUGGCUAUGGUGUUCUGCUCUUGAACGUGAGCAUGUGGGUUUGAUUCCUUGUGAUGGUGGUCACAUUUACUGAGGCUAAAAUGCAUAUUUAGGUGCAUUUCACACUGUGCAGAUUUAGGACGUUAAACCGCACAAUUUCCUUACUUCUAAAUUGUGCCUUCUGGUCCCUGUGAAGAUCCCAGCAGUGUAGAAGACCCUGCUGUUGGUCAGUUUGGCCAAACAUGAUUAAGUGGGCUACUUAAUGCAAGAAACAAGCAAGGGCUAGGAAGAGGACUGAAAAACAGUUACUUGUCUGUGUUUAUUUUCUUACUUGACCCCAUUACAUGUGGCCCUCUAUGAAUUGGGCCAACUGCUGUUGGGCUUAGUGCUUUUAAGUCCUUGCUGGUGCUAAUGAGGUUGCAGCUUGCUCAUUAGAGCACCAAGGUUAGGACCCAGGGUUUGACUGCAGCUGGGCCUCUGCAGGCAAAAUUUGCUUUGCUUGGUGUUACUUGAUGACCACUGAUAAGCAAUGUUUUGGCAAGGCUCUACAAGAUUAGUAAAACUGUGCAGGAUUGCCUAAACUGCAAUGUCAACAAAAAUGAAAUCGGAGAGAAGAGUGAUUGGGUGUAAGUUAAAGAGAAGAAAAUCUCCUACUGCAAAUAGUUUUUGUCAUCGACUGCUGCUGUAGCAGACAGCAAUGUCUCUGAAAAUGGUUGUUCUAAAUCUGUCCUUUUUAUUCAUACCUUGUGGGCAGCACUGAGGCUUUCAACAUGGUGCCAUCCGUACAUGCCAUGCCAUCACUGCAGUGCUGCUUCUCAAUUUUGUGACAGACGCAUGCAUCUUUAUAGUAGGGCAUCAAAGCUGCACAAAAUGGCUGUUAAAGCAGUUCGCUUGCUAUUUAGCGCUAUGCUGUGGUAAUUGUUGACUUUCAAGUAAGCGAGAAGAGAGAGCAGCAUGAAAAUUUAUUUGCACUGUGCCAUAUAAUUCCAUUUCACCUAAACUUAUUUACAACUUGUACGUAGAGCACAUUGUUUAUUUGGCCUAGUGCUUGUGUUUUGUGAUAUCUACUUCCUCUAGCCCAGUAGAUGAGUUGCAAUUGCUUACAUUUGCCUGCAUUCACAGUUCCUUACGCUCUACUAAUUUUUUGCCCACCGGUUAUAAUUGUUAUUACCUGUUUUGAAUAGUUUCAUUAGCUUUGGGACUACAAGUUAACAGGUUGCUACAUUUUUUUUUAGCACUGUGCAGUAAUGGGUAAAAAAGUGUUUUCCAGCUGGUUUUGCCUGUUAUGGAACAUAUGGCUAGCCAUUAUGAUAAUCAUGUUCAUAUCUAGCAGUAUGCUAACCAAUUCUGAUGAUAACCAUUUUUGGACUGGAAUAAGUUGGUCUCUGCGUUUUUCACUACUAUGCAUUUUAAGUCAGCGGAAAUUGUGGUGGAACUGACAAAAGGUCUGUAUAAUAAUGGCUAAAAGAAAAGGUAGCAACUAUAACUAGUAUGAUCUAGCAUGCCUUGACGGUUGUUUAGCAUAGAUUCUCUAUACUAUUUAAUAAUAACUCUGCAAAAGCUUAUCAGCUGCAGCCUUGAUGCCUGUGUAACUGUGCUUCAUUAGCCGUAAUAAUUUUACAGAUGCUUUCUGUUUGAUCAGUUAGGCACAUCUUGAGGAACUGGAAAUGCUCAUCAAUAGUGUGCAUGCUUUUUGCCAGCUGAGAUUUUCUCGACUUUCCCUGUGCCAUAUUUUAUUCCUUGCUUCCUUGUAUUUACACUCAAAGGCCAUGGAAGACAUGUUUGUGAAGUGUUCAAAGUGUUCCUGAGAAAAUAUACUGACUUGUACUUAUUUGUUUAGUCAUCUCGUUUCAUGUGUCUGUGUUCUUGGUCUGCAAAACUGAACCAUGUCAGUCAGUGUUUUGAAGUUGGUGCUCAUAUCUUACCGAUUGCACAUAGGUGUUGUGCUUUGGUGGAUAUCUGUAGUGACGCUGGUGCCAUUGUUUGAUUAUGCCUGUCUCUACUUGCACAGUUACAACAGUUCGCUGCCUAAUGUUAUUCCCAUUUGUGUAGACCACACUUAUUUUAUUCUUGAUGCCUUUCUUAAAAAGGACUGAAAAGGCAGGUGUUGUAGACACUGUUCACAGUUCGAGUGACGUAUACAUGUGGAAUCACGUCAUUUUUUUUAGGUCCCUUGUUUUUGUUUCUUAUGCCAGAUAUGUUUUACUUGUUAGCAAGUAGCUUAACUGAAACAUUACAAAGAUCACCCCAGGUUUCUACGCCAUAAAUUUGUGAAAGUGCUGGCAAAUUUAACUGCCAGCUAUCAAAUUCACCUGCUAGAAAAUGUAUUGGGGGGUAUUUUGAUUAGUUUUCUGCUGUUUAGACUUAUUUAUUCAGUAUUGAACCUUCUGUCACCUGUACAGCUACAAAUACACUGCCUCAUACACCAGUGAUGUUAUGCAGUUAACUUAGCUAGCUUGUUUAUACCUUACAUAACUAUGAAACAAGAUAAGUUGAGCUUUACCUGUCAUUAUGCUUGUGAAUUCAUAGCUGAAAUGACGCAAUAUUGAUGUUUAUGCGUCACUUGUGCACAGCUCUGUGCUGAUAUCCUAGAUUUUCAGUCUCAAGCAUUCAGAGGGCAGCUUGCAAUUUCUUAAGGUCUGGAAGAAAACUGGGAAAGUAAUAGAAAUGUGAGCUGGUUGGCCAGCUCUUGUCGAAUAAAUAGAAGAUGUGAAAAAAAAAAAAAAUCGCCAGGUGCUAAAGAAAGUGGAAUGUAGCCCUUCCACUGCUCCCGUCUCCUGUCAUACAUAGCCCGUCUAUCAUCACUCACAGCCACACUUAAGGAAAUGAAAAUGAGAGCUGUGGUGAUAAAAGUUUACAAUGAAAAUGUAAAAAAUGUGUGGGUGCUUGAAAAGAGAGUUUCACAUUUUUGUUUUGCUUUAGUUCCCUUUUCACAUGUUCCGUGCUCUCAUCACGCAUCUGGCUCAUUGCAUGGCCUUUUUUUUUUUCUCUCAUGAAGAACUGCCACUUUCAGAUGGGGAUUGUAAAAUGAUUUUCUGCUUUGACUUUAUUAUCCAACAAUUACACAUGGCCAUGACACCAAAUCUUCCAAGCUUAAAGUAUGCAUUGCAUGUUAAACCGUACGCAUCCCACAGCAAGCUAACAAAAUUUGAGUGCAUUCAGUGCAGUAGAACGUUUCUAUUUGAAAUUUUCAAUGUCGCAAUGGAACUGUAAAGCAGUCUGGCGACGCUGAGUUGUGAUGAAAUGAAUGGGCACCCGGAUAGCCCCCGGAAACAGCUUCCUCGGGUAACAGAAGCCGGUCUUGAAGGCCACGCUUUUAUGUGCUGUAAACACCGGAGGUGAUUGCAGGAGCUGAAAAUACGUCAUGAAUGCCAUGCAUCAUUGAAUUUUUGCAUGUGCGCCAGCGCAUCUCUGUGGUUUGCUACUGCUUUUUAUCAAGCAGGUUAAGGCGACUGCAGGCACAAUUUACCGGCAACUGCUGUUGGUUGCUAGGGCAUGCGGAGAAAGACGUCAGAUGUGGUCUCAAACUGUUUCAAAGCUGACAACACAGAGGCGGUCCCUCAGUUCCUGAUGUCACACAGCCUUGCCAAAAUGGCGGUAUCUGUUGGUGGGAGGAGUUGAGAGGCAGCGAUUUCACAUUGUAAUUAUGGGUUAAAAUGUGUGCUGAGAGCCCAGUUUCUUUGUUUGUAUAAAAAAUAUUGGGCCCUCUACUCCCAGUUACAAAUAUAAACUGAGAACUGUUGGGUGACCAUAUCAUGGCUGCUUUUAAGUUUUUAGGUGUGGGGGUAUUCACAGCCAACCUGCUUUGUUUACCGAUGUAAGAAGAAAAAAAAAUCACUUUUGGUUUGGUUGGGUACGUGUUUCUUCCAUGACAGCAUCUUCUGCCCUGUGUUGUCUUGUAGAAUCAUUGCAGGGAAAAAGAAAAUGGCGCUCUUCUAUUAUUUUGAUGAACAAAUUGGACACUGAGUGUAAUCUGCCUGCUUCAACGUACUUGUCUUUUGAGAUGUGUUUCACUUUCGUGUGUAGUACAUGUUGGGACAUUGUGUUGCUCGGCAUGUACCAUUUCUAUUUUUAACAAUCAUAUUAAAUAUAAGAAACUAACAACCACAUUACAUAUGCUACCUUCACAUAAUACAAAGGUUGGGGUUCGGUCCGCACCAACAACAAAUUAUGUUUUUGUCCACUUUCAUUUCCCAUUUUCUUCAUUAUUUUCUAUAUUUCAAUUUAAAACAUAGCUAAUUACCCCUAUGCUUUCCUUGGCUUCAUUGCCUGCUGUCUUUAUGUGGUCGUGACUAAUAAAAAUCGAUCAAGCCUCUGUUUCCCUUCUCCUCGUUCAUUCUAUUUUUAAAGUGGCUUCUGGAAACAUACUUGCAUGGCUCCUUUUGGAGUCUUUCAUGCAUUGCAUUUUCUAUCGUUCAUAAUAGUUGACAGAGGGGUGUUAAAUGUGACAGCACUUGUUCAAAUGUUGACCAUAGGGUUCAGUGUUAACAUGGCCCUGUAGUGUUUCCUUCUCUCUUGUUGACAUUUGCAGUGUGUGUGUGUGUGUGUGUGUGUGUGUGUGUGUGUGUGUGUGUGUGUGUGUGUGUGUGUGUGUGUGUGUGUGAGCGCGCGCGCGCGUGCACUAAGAGCCAUACAGCAAUGCUGACUGGGGGACUUUUCAAUAAAUACUUGUACAAUCUUUUACUGACACGGUUAGGAGAGGAAGACCUUAAUUCUCUCCAUUUUUUCUCUAACAGCAGUGCAUAUGCUUCAAUCAAACGUUUAAAAAAAAUGUACCAUCUUUAAUUUAAAGCAGAGUUCUGACCAUGGCUUAAUUGUCAAAGCAUGAAAGGUGUUGGCUGUGACAAAAUGAGAUGUCUGGUUUUCUUUUUGGGCCCCUAAUGGUUAUUGAACAAGUUUUAAUUAUGUGCAGUGAUGUUUGCACUAUAAUUAAAUCAGUGCUUUAUGUAUUUUUCAGGCAUUAGAACAUUAAACUUGAAUUCAAUGCAUGUGAUUGCCA